CAUACAUACAUACAUACAAGUGCGUAUUGAUGGAAAGUGCAAGUGUUUGUGCAAUUUUGUUGUUGUUGUUAUUGCGUUUUGGCCAAAUGGACACAGUGUGUGGGUUUUUAGGCUUGAAAACUUGGCAAAAUUCGAAUUUUAUUUUAUGCCUAAUGUAGUAAAUGGGUGAAACUCAUAUGCCUCAUAUGUGAUAUACAUAUAUGUAUGUAUUAGUGAUAUAUACAUAUGUCUGUAUGUACGAAAAAAUAAUAUUCGUGAAGUGUCUUAUGUCUGGUGUGUGUUUUCGCGUUUGAGGAAACUGUGCGCGUUCACUUUUCAAUUUUCCCCCACUUUCAAUGCGGUGUUGUUGCUGCUGUUGCUGUCAACAUUGUUGUUGUUGUUAUUUUUUUUCUCAACUAUAAUUGCUGUUUUGGCUACGCAAUUCUCCACAACAUUUAUUUUACUUAACGAAAGUAGUUUCUGUGUUGUUGUUGUGAUUUCGUUUUGGAGGUCUGCGUGCGCUUGUAGGCAGCCGCCUUGCUCGCGCGGCAGUCAGUGCGCCAAACAGCGCCCAUUCACCCAACCGACUGCGCGACCGAUUCUUCGCCGCGUUUAAGUUUAAAAAUAGUUUUCGUAAACUCGCGCCGCAUACGCACGAGCCAAGGGGAAAAUCUUGUGAAAAACUUGUGUAUAAUGUAGAAGUGUCUAAAGAAGUGGAAGAAGAAGCAGUAGCAGCAGCAAUAGCGUAGAACGUGAAACGAACGAGAAAAGUACUUUAUGUCUACGAAUUCUUGAUUUUUUACUACUUCAACUCAGUUUCCACACUAUUUUUGUUGUUGUUGUUGUUUUGUGUUUGGAUUUUGUCAAAGCGUCGUGACGAUUCUUCCAUUAUUUGUGCUUUUUUUCUCGAAUUCAUUGUGUAUAAUACUUUGCAGGUUUUCAGUGCAGUGAUUUCCCUCUCAACAACUGUGAAAUUUCAAAUCAAUUUUGAAAUAGUUUUUAUUUUUUAACUAAAAUCAAAACAGUGGAAAAACGAAAAUUAAGUGAGAUCACAGUGCGUCUUUGUGUGUGUGCGCCAUGUUUGCCGUGCAUUGAGUGCCAUUUUUCCGGUGUUGCAUUGAAAUUGUGCAAAAUAUUAUAAUAAAAAAUUUUAAUAAAUAUUGAAAUAAACGUGCACAAUGAAACUCUGGAAGGCGAAAAAGCCGAUUAGUUGCGUACCCGGCAAAUCGGCGCUGAAGAAUGAGGAUAAACUAGAUGGCAGCAAUAAUAGCGGUGGCAUACCGUUAACACCGAUUGUUUCGGUGGAUCGCGCUAUGAGUCCAGCACAGUCGGAGGAUUCCGGUCUGGCACCCGAUCGUGGCACUACAUAUGCAACAAUAACAUUGCCACGUGACAGCGCACACAAUAUGGGCAUCACAUUUGCAGAACGCAACGACCUCUCGUAUCCACCUGUUAUCGGCGCACUCAGUCCACUGGGUCACGCUGCGGAUUUUCUAGCGCCCGGCGAUCGUAUUCAUCAAAUUGACGGCAUCUCCACAAUUGGUUUGAGCAAUCAGCACGUCAUGAGCAUGCUGUGCGGCGGUGGCGCUUGUGAUGGCUCCACGGGUACUGGUGGUUCGUGUGAUGCGGCUGGUCCCGCUGUGGUGGAAAUCGAAUAUUCUUUGCCCGAAUAUAUCUCCCAGAAUAGCUUGUGCGUCACAUCGAAAUUGGCGCAAAUCACUGUGGAACGUGAGAGCGGCUGUUUGGGUCUGACGUUACGUGGCGGCGGCGAUUUUCCAUUGAUCGUCACGCACGUACGACCGCACGGACCUGUCUACAAGACCGGACGCAUCAAACCCGGCGAUCGGCUGUUGCGUGUGGAUAAUCUUUCACUGAUUGGCAAGACACUGGCAGAGGCACAACAGAUCAUCAAGUGUGGCGGCCACGUUUCCGGUUAUACAAAUCUCACUGUCGAAUAUGAUGUGUCCCUCGUGCAGAGUGUUGAGUUCUCAAUGGGUCCUCUUCUCAUUGAAAUCGAACGUCCAAUGAAUGAUAAAUUGGGUCUGGUAUUGUGCAAUUAUCCGGCAUCUAGUCAUAUGGACCACACGAAGAUCGAUGAAGUCAGUGCAGCGGGCGUUUAUAUAGCGAGCAUAAUGCCAGCGAGUAUUGCGGACAGAUGUGGCGCCUUGUCUGUGGGUGAUCAAGUGCUCUCCAUUGACGACACCAUCAUCGAGAAUUCAGCCUACAGUCCGGACGAGGUGAUGACAAUGUUGGAUGCGAACACGGGACGCGGCUACACACAGAUGCAAAUUAUGCCGGCGCACGCGUUGACGCGAAGAGGUCACACAACGCUCGGCAGUCCGAAGUAUGGUUUCAGCACGCUGGAGUCACGCAAGUCGCGGCAACGUCAGCGCUUCGUGCGGAAAAGUUCGCUGCCACUCGAUGGAGGCGGUAGUGGAGCAGGCAAUUCCAGUGGUACUGGAGUCGGCGGCUGUGGUGCUGCCAGCAGCUGCAAUGGCGGCGGCAGCACCGGCAGCAACAGUGGCACCGCCAGCAAUGUCAGCGGUGGCAGCAGCGCCAGCGGCAGCAGCACCGGUGUGAAUAGCAGUGCUUCCUCAACUGGCGUUAUGGGCGUCGGCGUGGGUACACUGCAUCAUCCCAGCGCUAUUGGCAUUUGUCGCUCCGAAACAUUUCCCGUGCUGCUGGACUGCAGUCAAGGUUCGGGCAUUGUGUUAGGUCUGCCGACAGCUUGCGGACGCGCCGUCAGCAUUGCGCAAGUGUUGCCGGACUCGGUGGCCGAUCGCAGCGGUUCGAUACAGAAGUGUGAUCGCAUUGUGGCCAUCAAUAAAAUGUACAAUCUGGAUCUGCAGACGAUGCGUCAGUUGUUGGGCGAGAAUCGCACGUUGCAGUCGGCGAAGUCACAACAAACGGCGGCUGCUAAUUGGUUGGAAUUGGAGAUCGAAAUCGAUAUGGCCGACUCGGUGGUGCCGUCCAGUGGUGUGUACAAUGUAAAGUUGUUGCGCGCGGGCAAAUCUGGUUUGGGCAUAAGCGUAAAUGGUUCUAGUCAUGGCGGUUUUGUUAUUUCGGAUGUGAAACCCGGUAGUCCGGCACAUCGCACGGGCUCACUACGUGGCGGCGAUAUACUUUUGGCGGUGGAUAAUCAUCCCGUUCAACAUUACAAUGUCGACUCGUUGCUGAAGGAGAGCCCUUCGGCUAUCGAUUUCACCACACUCACCGUGAAGCGUGUCAUGUUGCCUGAUUUCCUAUUUGAUGCUCAACAGAAAAUGCCAAAUCCCAUCUAUAGUAAUUGCCCAGCCAGUCCGAGUGAGCAUGAUUUGUACAGCACCGCCGCCUACGUCACGUCCAAGUUCAAUGAUUGCUUGUCCUUGAAGUCGACGACGCCGCAAUCGGAUUUCUAUCACAAUACCGCCGGUAUGGACGAUGGUUGCAGUCUGCAGUCGGUGCAAAUGCGUCAUCAUCCACAUCCCUGCAAUACCUGGAGCGCCAAUACGUCCGCGAUGGGUCGUUCAUUUGCCGCGCAAAAUACACAGAGUCUGACCACGGAGUUGCCAGACAAUGAGGACAAUAAUUAUCACGACUUUACCGGAUAUGAUUUGGAUCGCUAUGCGAGCGCCGAUUGCAGCGCUUUACCACCACCAAUGGAGAACAAAGUGUACGGCUCCGCGGCGAGCUCGAGCAGCAAAAGUAGCGGCAGCAGUCUACAUCAAAUCAUCUUCACGGUGCGUUUGGAACCGAAAGGUGGACUACUGGGCAUAACGCUAGCAGGCAGUGAAGAUAUCAGCAAACCCAUAACGAUCAGUGGCAUUGUGGAAGGCGGCAUUGCGCACAAGCAUGGACAAAUACACGUUGGCGAUCAGCUGCUCGCAAUUAAUGAGGACUCGGUGCAAGGCAUGCCACUGUCGCAUGCGACAAAUAUUUUACAAAAUCUCGGUGAAACCGUAGAUUUGAAAAUACUACGCGCACACGAGAUUUCCAGCAUUAUGGGUGGUGGGAAUCUGGAAGGUGUGAACAUGCCACAACCGCAAGCCAUUUAUGCGAAAGUACAGCGACGGCCACGCAGUCCCUCCUCGAAUACCGAUGCCACUUCGGCGUGUGGCAAAGAUGGCGGCAAGCAUCGUGUAUUUCAUGUGACCUUGAAGAAGGACAAAGUAUAUGAUGAUUAUGGUUUUUCGGUGUCGGAUGGUUUGUACGAGCGUGGUGUGUUUAUCAAUCGCAUACGUUCCGGUGGACCGGCGGAUUUGAGUGGUGUGCUAAAGCCGUUCGACAGAAUUAUGCAGGUGAAUGAGAUGAAGACACAGGACUUCGAUUGCUGUCUGACAGUGCCUUUAAUUGCCGCCGCCGGUGACAAGAUCGAGUUGAUCAUACAACGCACGGAAUGAUCGUGGCGUCUGCCAGAGCAGCUGGUCUACAAAUAUAAAUACUGACAAUGGGUGUGCCUUUCUUUAUCGUGUAACGUCAAAGCACGAAUUUUGAGUAGCGUUUUGUAUAACCAAAAAAUAAAACUGUAGUAUUUACCAAAAACAAAA